CUCAGCCAUUCCUUAUCGCCCAUUCCAAGCAAUAAAUAAGCAUAUAAUACGAUGGACUACUCCAAGAUGUGGCCGAUGCUUGUGUUGCUUAUCGCGCUCGCAAGUGACUGUGCGGCCCACGAGUGCUAUGUUUGCUCCAAUCAAACCGGAAACACGGAAAAGUGUCUGAAUACGGUUAAAAUCUGCCAGCAAGGGGAAGACGCCUGUCUGACGGAGAUUCGAUGGGGUAGCACGCCUUACUUUUCGCUUGGCGCCCAGAAGCAGUUCUAUGUAUCGAAACGCUGCGCCAAGAAGGAAAUAUGUCAGCGUAUCCGCACCAAACACAUGCCGUACUGUACGCAUAUCUGGUACGAGGACUGGACCUGUUCGGCCUGUUGCCUUGGGGAUCGCUGCAACUACUACGUGAUAAGCUCAGCAUCUUCGAUAACAUUAUCAGUAUUACUGUCGACGGUAGCGAUUGUCGGGGUGUUCCUGCGCAGCAUCAUGUGGAGUUGAAAAGGAUCGGCUUGGGUAGAAAUCAACAAAUGACGUGCCUCUAUUAGCCUCGGCUGCUCUCGCCGUAAUAGCCUUUUUCAGCGAAUCUCUAGAAUGUAAUAACUCGAAUCCGUCCAUUUUGUCUCAUCUUGUUGUUCAAACGUGAACAGAUAAUAUUCGAAAUAUAUA